AUGAACCCGGAUCGGAUCCGGGAAGAUAUAUAUAUAGAUCCACAAAGGUCCAGGGACCAAGGUAGCGGUUUGUGGGUAGCAUCGACUUUUGAGAGCGCCCAUUAUGAGCUCCUAUCAUCCUCCAUCAUCAAACGGAAUGUUAGCAGGAAGGAAUUAUGGAUUCAUCGGGUAAUCCAAGCAGAGGUCCGAACAGGCAUGGACGCCCAACAGUGCUACCAAACCUUUAAAGAGGAUCUGUAUCUCCUUUCAGAGAUCUGGCCUCCGGGUGAUCUUUGCAGGCAGGCAAGGGAGCGUUGGGCAUUGUGCGAAGAUUUAUUCCCGCACCUAGAACAGCUUUACCAAAUCUACAUUGAGUACUCUCAAGCCUGGGCAAGAUUUCCGGUAGAUCCGGCGUUUCCCAUCCUUUUAAAUGAGGCCGCAGUCUACCUCCACGAGCGAGGCUUCUCCCACGAAGGGAAAGCAUACUUGACAUUGGCGCUUGACUUGUGCGGCCGAGAUAAUAUCCUCCAAGAACCUCUAGUCAGCGAUAUGCAUCUUACUAUGGGUGCCCUGUCAAAUGAGACGAAUGACGCCCAGUCAUGCCUAGAACACAAUAUUAUUUGUCUUACACGACGUAAGGCUGAAGCAGGGAAGAACAAUAAGCCAGAUCUAAGGUUUGCCUUUGCUCAUAGCCAGCUUGGUAUCGCAUACAUGAUGAUCGGAAAGUUUGCUCUCGCCACGGAAUAUUUCAAACAAUGCAUCGAGAUGAUUAAGGGGCUUGAUGUGGACGUGGACGAAUUUGGUUUCCCCGUUUGCAACCUCGGAUUAGCAUACUGGGUUCAAAGAGAACUCGAUGCUGCGGACGAGACCCUGACAGACCUAUUGAUGCAGCGCGAGAAGAGGCAUGGAAAGUUAGACAGAGUUUCUUACAAAACGGGCAGGGUUCUUCAGGCCCUUGGAAAUGUAAAGAACAGCAAAGCCGCGCGACUCGCAGCGGAUGGAAAUCAUGAAAGCGCCAAGAGACUCUGGGAUGAGGCAUUCAACAUACACUCAGAAUGCCUCAAACAGUAUGAGUCAACUUUGGGAAAAUCCAACCAUCGGACAGCGGACGCUUGCCACAAGCUAGCUGAACAUCAUAUUCGAUACAAGCAACACGACUUAGCACAGGAUUACCUUGAUCGGGCUAUGAGUAUCUGGGGCGAUCGGCAAUGGUUUAGAAAUGAGUCAGCCCGCUCAUCGUUCCUCAGAGGUGUUCAUCUCCUGUCAAUGGGUGGCGAAGAGAACAAAAAGAAAGGAAAGUGGUGGGUAGAGCGGGCAAAACUACUUCGGAAACAGAUACUCCCAGAUGAAAGGCCAAGAGAGCUGCGAACUGUAGACUUCGAUAAUCUUGUUUGCUUUUGGUCGGUCUGA